AAGUCAAGAGAUCGAUUUGUUUUUCUUUGUUAUUGACCUGUUGUGCUGUUGGCUGUUGAUCGCGAGAAAUAAUUGAAAAAUGAAGAAUUUUCCUGUGUUCGUUUUCCCUGUAUCAUUAGAAUUUUAUUUAAAUGCUAGACAUACACAUAAACAGUUGUUAACUGUUUACAACCCCUACGAUUUUUCAGUAAAUUUUAAAGUACUAUGCACAUCUCCUAAUAAAUUUACAGUAAUUGAUCCAGAAGGAGUAAUAGCGCCUCAGAGCUGUAUAGAUAUUGUGGUACGAUACACACAACCAUCCAUCGCGCAUUGCGAAACUACAGAAAAGCUUAGAAUAACUAUGUAUGAUAGGAACACUCAACAGGCUCUAGGCAAAAGGGAUAUUCCCACCAAAUUGAUAGAAGGUGAGCCAUCAAGUGCAAACCAAGAGAGCUUGGGAGACAGCUUUCAUCCACUCUCAGUCCGAACGGCACCAGUAAGAUCAAUUGAAGAACAGACUCGGGUGAUAGGACACCAAUGUCAUCAUCCUGCUCACAACAGGGAUCAGCAGCCUGUUAACGUGGUUGCCGUGGCCGUCAGUAUAUGCUGCAUUGCUGCACUGCUACUGCCAACACAACCUGAGGAGCUACCAAAGUCCCAAUGGCCCGAAUGGCUUCACAUUGGUGCCAAUUUAAAACUGGUGUUUUCUUUUGUUUUAGGUUUAGUCAGUAUGCUUGUACUGAGACCAUAGAGUAAAGAAUAUUCCCUUGUUAGUUAAUAUAAAGUAUUAUAUUGUGGUGAUUGAAUAGAGCUGGCUUCUAUUUAAGAUUCUCCACAUUUGAGAAUUUUGGGUUACACUUUAGUAUCCUUUUGACAAUGAUUAAAGCAUUUAUUUUAUGCAUAUCUUUUGGUGGAUGUAUCAUUAUAUAUAGCUAUAACAAUUUUAUGUGACUUAAACUAAUUGGGUUAGGUAACUUUAUUAAGUAAAAUUUGAACGCCAACACAAAUUGGUUGGAAAAAAUGAGACAAAAAUAUCUAAUAAAUCUGUGUACUUAUAGAAAAUAAAAGUGAUAUGUAAAUGUUCACUUUCAUUAAAUUAACUGCUCAUGUGAUAAUUAUAUCAAGUUAUAUAACUGUGUUCCCUUCUGAUUUUAUAUAAAUAAAUAAUAAUAAAAGAAAACUACAUUUUCACUACUUUCCAAUUGUUAAGGCAGGGUAUUUAUACAUAUAUUAUAUGAAAUAUUUAUUUUUAAUUUGGUGCUAUUUGAUUUUAAUAAUAUGUAUGACAAAUGAUAAUAUUAUAAUUUUUAUUAUUAAAUAAAUAAUAAUAAAAAAUGACAUUUUCACUACUUUCCAUUUGUUCAAAUAUAUAUAUGUAUUCAGAUAGGGUAUUUAUGUAUAUAUAUUUUAUAUGAAAUAUUUUUUUCAAUUUGGUGCUAUUUGAUAAUAUGACAAAAAAUAAUGUUACAAAUUUUAUUCACUGAUGAGUUUCUAAACCACUUUUAUUUGUGUCAGAAAAUGGUAAUUUUUACAUUAUUUCUAUUCAACCCAAAAAAAAUUUAUACCAAUGUUGUUUUUUGGUUCUGAUUCUGAGUGUAAGAAAUGAUAAAUCUGCCAUAUUGUAUUUAGAAUGACGUCAUAAGCUAAACAUGUUUUUAAACUAUCUAUGUCGCUGCGACAUACACUAUGGUAGAAGCAAGACUUUUACUAUACAUAUUUUGUCACUUUAGACAAUAUCCUAUAGGGCUUUCAGUACUUAAAUGAAAAUAAGGUAAAAUAGCAAUCUUAUACCAUUAGUUAAAACUAGUUGUGUCGAAUUGCUACACCCAUUAAAUGUUAAAGUAUUAAAUACCCUUUGUAUGUCUUAAAUUUACUUAUCAACCACCUAGCGUUGGUCGCAGUUGAGUGGUGUGCGCAUUGUGCGUAUGUUUUUUAAGAAGAGCCCGGGGUGCGCCUAUACCACAUGACCCGGGAUUUGGUAAUGUUUAAAAUACUUUAAUUAUCAUAGUGUUUUAUUGUAAAUAUGUCUUUUUUUAUUGUAUGUAGGGACAUUCACAUGAACGCAAGAUCUUUGACUGUAAAUACUCAGUUGACUUGACGGUAAUCAAUCAUCUAUGUUUAUUUCUUGUGUGUUCCAUUACUGUUUGGCCUUACCGUAUUUUCGCCAAAUAUCUUGUGUAAUAAACCCCUAUUUGUUUUAAUUAAAUUCCUUGUGAUUCGGAACCACCGUCUUUCAUGCCAAAUAUAUAAUACCAAUAUAACAACAUAUAUUUUUUUUAUUUAAAACAAAUCUCAACAUUCCAUAGUUCUGAUACUGACAACAGAAAAAGCCAUUUUAGUAUUCAUAUUUUACUGUCAGGAUUUAAUUGAUACGAACAUACAAUUAUAAAUUCUUAUUUGCUAUUUCGUAAAUAGCCCGAAAUAAUGUAAAUAUAUUCAUUACCUAAACUUUUUAUUGUUUAAUGAUAAGUAUGAUGUAAAUAAAAAAUGUGUAUAUUUCG